AUGGGUCGCCCCAGGAUGCUCGGCGGCGCCGGCGGCGGCAUCGACCCCAUCGCCGAGGAGCCCCACCACCACGCGCGCUCCCCCGCCGACGGCGGCCUCGGCCUCGGGCCCGACCCGGCGGCCCUCGCCUGCGCGAUCUCGGCCGAGGCCAGCGCCGUGCUCGCCGUCAUGCGGCGCGGGCUCCGGCACCCGCGCGCCACGGCGGCCGACGACGCCGUGGCCGAGCACCCGCUGGUCGCCUCCCUCCGCGCGCUCCGCCGCCUCGCCUUCUCCCCGUCGUCCCCUGCGGCCGCGCUCCCCGCCGCCGCGCUGCGGCCCUUCCUCGACGCCGUCCGCUCCGUGGACGCCGGCGCCGCCGUCACCUCCGCCUCGCUCGCCGCGCUCCACGAGGUCAUGUCCCUCACGGGGCCCGCGCUCCCGGGCGCCGCGCUCCGGGAGGUCGUCGACGCCGUCGCCAUCUGCCGCUUCGAGGCCGGCGCCGAGCCCGCGGCCGAGGAGGCCGUGCUCAUGAGGAUGCUGCAGGCGCUGCUCGCCUGCCUCCGCGCGCCCGCCGCGCCCGCGCUCGGGGACCAGCAUGUGUGCACCGCAGUCAACACCUGCUUCCGCGUCGUCCACCAGGCCGCGGCCAAGAGCGAGCUCCUGCAGCGGUUCUCGCGCCACGCGAUGCACGAGCUCAUCCGCUGCGUCUUCGCGCGCCUCCCAAAGAUACGCAGUGCUGAUGGAGUUGACGCUGCUGUCAAACCAGAGAUGGGUGGCAUGGAUGUGAAUCAUCCUUUUGGUAUCAGGCAAAUGGAAAAUGGCAAUGGAAGCUAUGUGUCCGAGACAGGUACAUCUGAUGAGAAUUCUGCAGAUGGCAGUGGUCUUGUUGUAGAGCCUUAUGGAGUCCCUUGCAUGGUGGAGAUCUUCCAAUUCCUAUGCUCUCUCCUCAAUGUUGUUGAACAGAUUGGCUUAGAUGAAGAUCUACCUUUGUUUGCUCUUAAAUUGAUCAAUUCAGCAAUUGAGCUUGGUGGGUCUUCAAUUCAGAAACAUCCAAAGUUGUUGUCCUUAGUGCAAGAUGAGCUUUUCAGAAACUUAAUGCAGUUUGGGUUGUCAAUGAGUCCACUCAUCCUUUCAAUAGUAUGCAGUAUUGCAUUGAACCUUUACCAUCAUCUCCGGACUGAGCUGAAGCUGCAGCUUGAGGCUUUUUUUUCUUGUAUAAUCAUAAGGCUUGCACAACCUCGUUUUGGAGCAACAUAUCAUCAGCAGGAGAUUGCAAUGGAAGCUCUUGUAGACUUCUGUCGACAGAAAAGUUUUAUGGUGGAGAUGUAUGCCAAUCUUGACUGUGAUAUAACCUGCAGGAAUGUUUUUGAGGAGCUUGCAAAUCUUCUAUCGAAGAGUGCUUUUCCUAUCAACUGCCCCUUGUCUUCCAUGCACAUUCUUGCUCUAGAAGGUUUGAUUGCUGUGAUUCAGGGGAUGGCUGAUCGUAUCGGGAGUGCAACCUCACGCCCUGAGCUCCUGCCUGUGGAGCUUGAUGAAUACACUCCUUUCUGGACUGUUAAGUGUGAGAACUUUUCUGAUCCUCGGCAUUGGGUGAAGUUUGUGCGUCAAAGGAAGUAUGUCAAAAGGAGGCUAAUGAUUGGUGCUGAUCACUUCAACAGGGACCCAAAGAAAGGUCUGGAGUUUCUUCAAGGCACUCAUCUGUUGCCUGAGAAGCUUGAUCCCCAGAGUGUGGCUUGUUUUUUCCGCUACACAGCUGGUCUGGAUAAGAAUCUUGUUGGAGAUUUCCUAGGCAAUCAUGACGAGUUUUGUGUUCAGGUACUUCAUGAGUUUGCUCAGACCUUUGAUUUCCAUGAGAUGAACCUGGAUACAGCUCUGCGUUUAUUUUGGAGACUUUCCGGCUUCCUGGUGAAUCUCAGAAGAUACAGAGGGUUCUUGAGGCCUUCUCAGAUAGAUACUAUGAGCAGUCCCCUCAGUCUUUCGCAAACAAAGACACUGCUCUAG